AUGAAAUAUUGUUUUUCUUGUUUGAGGUCACGGAGAAGCAAGAAAACUAACAGAAACCAUGCAGAGAGUGCAAUUUCUUCUAAUGGAUCAAAGGCUCCUGGUUUGACUUUAUUUACCCUUUGGUGUGCUGAUACUAAGAAACAAAAAGCUACUUAUGUAAACAAAGAGAAGGAAAUUAUAGAACUUUACCGCAGACAAAUCAAUGCACAAUCUUUCACUUUCCGUGAGUUAGCCACCGCCACAAAAAAUUUCCGGAAGGAAUGUUUGUUGGGGGAAGGUAGAUUCGGAAGAGUUUAUAAAGGGACGCUUAAAUCGACCGGGCAGGUUGUAGCAGUGAAACAGCUUGACAGAAAUAGCGUGCAAGGAAAGAAGGAGUUUCUUGAGGAAGUUUUGAGGCUGAGUCUCCUGCAUCAUCCGAAUUUAGUCAAUUUAGUUGGAUACUGUGCUGAUGGAGAUCAGAGGCUUCUGGUUUAUGAAUAUAUGCGAGGAGGUACAGUAGAAGAUGGUUUGACAGAUUUAACAGAAGACAAAAAGCCUUUAGAUUGGGCAACAAGAAUAAAAAUAGCAUUGGGAGCUGCUCGAGGUUUAGAGUUUUUACAUAUUGAGGCCAAGCCUCCUGUAAUAUACCAUGAUUUACAGGCCGCUAACAUCUUGUUGGAUGAAAAUUUUAAGCCAAAACUCUCCAUUUUCGGGUUGGCAAAACUUGGCCCUGUUGGGGACGAUAAUCAAUUUUCCACAAGGGUGAUAGAGACAUAUGGCUACACUGCUCCAGAAUAUGCAGAAACUUGCCAAGUCACUAUGAAAUCUGAUGUCUACAGUUUUGGAGUCAUUUUGCUAGAGCUCAUCACUGGAAGACGAGUCAUAGACAACACAAGACCAGCAGAAGAACAAAAUCUAAUUUCUUGGGCCGAACCCAUAUUCAAGGACCCCAAGAGAUUUCCGGAUCUGGUAGAUCCACAUCUUAAAAGGCGAAUCCCAGAGAGAAGUUUAAAUCAAGCGGUUGCAGUAGCAGCCAUGUGCCUGCAAGACGAACCAUCGACACGCCCUUUGAUGAGUGAUGUUGUAACAAUUCUAAGUUUCCUAAAUGGGAAUGAGCAAGGGAAUUUUGUUCAGGAUAGUAAACAUUGGGCGAAUCAUGAGGAUGAAGAAAUUUCGAAGCGAGAAUCUUCUGAUUGUCCUGGAAUCAGCGAAGGAAGCAAAGGCAAAAGCUUGAUAUCUAGCAGAGAAAACUCGAAACGGGGCUCAAAAUCACCAAAGAAUAGCGAUAACAGAUCAGUGGAUAAAAGUUUUUCUUCAAGAUCAUUUGCUACCAACAAGAAAUUACAGGAUGGAAAUGCUCCUUCAUACACCGAAAGCAGGUGGAAAUCGAAUGGUGUUAGCGUUAAUUCAUGCCAAAAUGGUAGCAAAAAGUUGCAGAAGUCAUCAAAUUUGAAGAGAAUCCGAAAAUAUUACUGGCUCAGCAAGAAACAAACUAAGAAAACAUUUUCUUUAGCGAAACAAAUGAGCACCAGAAUAAGGAGGUAUUGGUUCAAGUCAAAGAAGCAUGAAAAAUUAAAAGAUAAAACCUUUUCUUCGAGGCAUAAAAACUUCAGAAAAUCCCACAAGAUUUUAGAUGACACAGCAACAUCUACACGUUCAAGAAUGUCAAAAGAUGCAUUGUGUGAAGUAACUCUUCUUCAUCCAUAGAAGAAAGCAAAGGAUUACAGGGUGAAUAAUUUGUAUUCAAAAUGAAAAAUCUCCAAUGUGAUCAUCAUAACACUACCUAAGCAGUUCAACUUGGUAUAGUUAGAAAAUGGAACACUGUUUUGAGCAAGAAAUAUAAUUGAUAGGAAGUUGAAUUAAGA